CAACAGACACCGCAAUAAGACAACAACUUUCUGGAGCAGACGUGUUUUCAUCUCAAAAUUGGUAGUUUUGAAUAGUUUUAAGGCACUUGAGUUCAAACAAAAUUAAAGUUAGGUUACUGAAAGUUUUUUUUGGAAGACGUCAUUGUCGCAUUUGACGCCCUAAUUUAACAACAUAAAAUGACUGGAGGCAAUUGAUUCGAUUACAAAAUGGCCUCAUCUGACAAGAACAAUUCAACAACAGAGCACUGGACAGAUUACCUUCCUAUAUGUUCAGACUCAGGAGUGGGCUUUUCCCCCAACCAGAGAUACCGUGCUGAUGGUGGUCGCCGGGAGGAACAUGAGUUUGAAGAUCAGAGUUUCCAUUUUCAUUUGGAGGACAAAGCUUGUUAUUUGUAUGGUGUAUUUGAUGGAUACAAUGGAAAGGCUGCUGCUGAAUUUUCAGCUCAAAAGCUUCCUGCUGAAUUACUCCUUGGCCAGCUAAUGGAUAAUAUGAGCGAUGACGAGGUUAAGGAAGUCCUCAAGCAAGCCAUCAUUGAGGUGGAGAAAGGAUUUUUUGACUCGAUCGGAGACAAACUUGUGGAAAAGACUUUGAUUCAGGAAGAAAUUGCUGAUAUGAACGAAUACGAUGCAAUUCAACAGUUUCCUUUAAAAGUAAACAGACUUCGAGCAAUUGAACAAGAGAUCGCGUGUGGCAGUACUGCAGUAGUUGCACUUAUUUAUAACGACAAGCUUUUUGUUACGAAUGUCGGUAACUCCAGAGCAGUUUUAUCGUCUUAUGAUAGUAAUGGCCAUCUUAACAUACGACAGUUGAGCACGGAUCACGUGAUUAGCAAUGAAGAUGAACUUAUGAGGCUAUCAAAUCUUGGCUUGGACAUCGAGAGUAUCAGACAUGGUCUUAAACUUGGUAAUCACGAUUCGACAAGAUGCAUCGGAGACUACACUGUGAAAGGGGGCUACCAAGAAUUCGACAUUUUAAGUGGUGCAUCAGCAGAACCAGUGAUAGGAGAACCAGAUAGUUUUGGAGGGUUAGUAAUCGAUGAAUCUUUCUAUUUUCUCGUGUUAAUGUCGGACGGUAUCUACAAAUCGUUGGAGAAUUCCACUGUGCUGCAACAUGAUGCAAACGUUGAGAUUGUUCGCUUGAUCGACAACGAAAUUCAGGCUCAAGCCACGAUAAAUGGCGUUUGUCAGGCUGUGGUUGAUAAGAUAUGUCGUUACCAUCACGACGGCUUUAUGAAUCAGAAUAAAUUAUGUGAAAGCAGGGACGAUAUGACUCUAUUACUAAGAUUGUUUAACGCUCGUCUUGGUGGACGUACGCCCAGUCCCUUGUCGAAACUCGAUGGCAUCCACCCGCUCUCAGAUGUAAACAGUCCUCCAUUCGUCCGAUUUCCUGUUCCUUCGGGAGGUUUUACUUUACCACCAACCUUCAAUAGUCCACAAGGGGCACAACCACGGUUGAUAAGAGACCCCCCAUUCAGGGGCCAGGACGCUGCUACAGUCAGUAACGCUUCAGAGCCGUCACAUGUUGCCUCUCCAGCUGUGCAACAGCAACCCGGACAGACGGAUAGUGAAUUCAUAGAAAGUUACGUGGACUUCACCGAAUAUUACAGAGCGCUCGAGAUGCACGGCGAGGACUUUGUUUUAAAUACAGUGCAGCUGUGAAAGUACAUUGUUUUUAUAACGUUGUUUCAAGUGCAACAAAUAAAAUAAUCUUGUAAAUUUGGUAGAUAAUCAAUAUUUUUAUCAUAUUCGUAAAACAAUCAAGUUGCAAAAUACACAGUAUUGUGAAUAAGUAGUAGUAGUUUGUUAUUUUUAUGCGAAUAUAGUUCUCUUAGCAGGUGA